AUGCAGCCCGCGGUGUGCUUGGAUGCGGCGUGGCGAGAGACGAGCGAGCAACGGAGCGGUGAGGCAAGAACGGUCGAGCCGUUCGCUGCCCGCUCGGCCGAGCCGUUCGCUGCCCGCUCGGCCUCCGUCGUCUCGCUCAAGACGGACUCGACCAAGGUUGGCCGCGUCGGGCCCGUGCAGUGGGCAGCCGCGAGCCUGCUUGCUUCGGCGUGGUUUUGCCUUGUCGCGGCCCUCUCCUUCCUUUUCCCUCCACUGCAUCGGCACUCGGGGCGCUGGAUCCGCACGGCGGCCGCGUGCACGCGGCAAGCCUUUUCUGGCGGCCCGAGUGUCGACGUGCUUCGCUAG